UGGCGAUCUUUCGAUGAUGGCUGAAAAGCUGUCAGGGUGUACUGUGCCCCCUAUCAUAAGCUUUAUACGUAACAAAAAAUGAUGGAAUCCUAUUAUAUAGGUGUGGACGUUGGAACAGCUAGCGUCCGUGCUGCUCUGAUUACCCACGAUGGAAGAAUCGUUUCAUCUGCGACGAAGCCAUUGCAAAUCUGGCAGCCUCUAACUGAUUACUACGAGCAGUCAUCAGAGGAUGUAUGGAGAAAUGUAUGCUUAGUUGUUAAGGAGGUUGGUGCCAGUCUUACUGACGUGAGAAUGGUGAAAGGGAUAGGUUUUGAUGCAACAUGUUCCCUGGUGACUUUAGAUUCUUCAGGAGGUCCUGUCACUUGCAGUCCUUCCAAAGAACCUCACAGAAAUAUUGUUAUGUGGCUGGAUCACCGUGCCAUGGAACAGGCUAAAAGAAUCAAUGAUACAAAACAUAAAGUGUUAAAGUAUGUUGGUGGAGCUACCUCACCAGAAAUGGAGAUUCCAAAAAUGCUGUGGCUAAAGGAAAAUUUACCAACAGACUGUUGGGAUAAAUGCGCUCUCUUUUUAGAAUUACCUGAGUUUCUCACUUACAGGGCAACUGGUGAUGAAACAAGGUCCAUGUGCUCUCUUGUGUGUAAAUUUAAUUACAUGGGACACGGAUCUCAAAUACUGGAAGGUUCAACAAGUGGAUGGAUUGACUCAUUUUUGGAAGCAGUUGGACUCGAAGAUCUUGUAAACACUAAAUAUUCCAAACUGGGGGUAAAAGUUGGUAGCCCCGGGGAACCUGUUGGUAAAGGUUUGACGAAAAAUGCUGCAGCAGAACUAGGAUUAUGGGAAGGAAUGCCUGUGGGUACUUCACUUAUUGAUGCACAUGCUGGGGGCUUGGGUGUCAUUGGAGCUGAUCUAGGUUCACUUCUUACGGAUGAUAAACCAUUGACUUCACGUCUGGCUGUCAUUUGUGGAACAUCAUCAUGUCACAUGGCUAUUAAUGAAAAGCCAGUGUUUGUGCCAGGGGUCUGGGGCCCAUACUUCUCUGCUAUGGUACCAGGCCUGUGGUUGAAUGAAGGAGGCCAAAGUGUGACUGGGAAACUGAUUGAUCAUCUUAUCGAGACACAUGUGGCUUACACAGAGCUGAAAGAAAUAGCUGAAAAGAGCAAUUGUUCCCUGUAUGAGGAACUUAACAGACAUGUGACCACCUUGGCAGAGAAGCGUCAGCUUGAUAACUUGGCAUUAUUGUCACGCAACUUUCACCUCCUUCCAGAUUUCCAUGGAAACCGAUCACCCAUAGGAGAUCCCAAAAUGACAGGAAUGAUUUGUGGUUUAACUCUCACUACUGAUCUAGACAACCUGGCUGUUUUGUAUCUUGCUGCACUUCAGGCCCUUGCACAUGGAACUCGCCAUAUUGUAGAAUGCUUGAACAAAGCAGGACAUUCUAUUGACACUCUGUUCCUCUGUGGUGGCCUUAGUAAGAAUGAAUUAUUCAUCCAAACACAUGCUGAUGUGACAGGUUUUCCUUGUAUUUUACCACGUGAGAGUGAAUCAGUGCUUGUUGGCGCAGCAAUUCUUGGAGCAUGUGCAUCAGGGGAUUUUUCUUCAAUCCAGGAAACUAUGAAAAGCAUGAAUGCUGCAGGAAGAGUUGUAAAGCCACAAGAAAAUUUGAAAGGGUUUUACAACAAAAAGCACCAAGUUUUUUUACAGAUGUUGAAGAUCCAAAUGGACUUUAGAGAAUUAAUGCAGGAUUAAAGUUUUCAUUGUGCACCUGUGCAAGACUUGUUAACUUUAAAGAAAUGCCCUGAAGACUGACUUCCUGCAUGAACACCUUCAAUAGGCCACUCAGAAUAUUGAAAUGGUAGAAUAGUGUCAAUAAGUUAGAAAACAAGGGUUAGGUCCUGGACUCAAAAUGCUCAUCAACAAAAUGUUACUCUUACAGUAUUCUUAUGAUUAUGUCUGAUUAAAAAGGUAUAUUAAAAAGAAAGAACUUGACUGGUUCUCAGUUGUAUGCAGGUUUCAAAGCGACAUCUCUUUUAUGGACCGGAAAAAAUUCCCUCUGGGUAUUGGAAAAGUUGAAAUGGGUCAAUAAGCUUUUGUUUCAAUAAUCUCUCGGCAAUAAAGAGGAUUUUUUUGAGAAUUACUAGUUCGUCAGAAAGAUGGCGUUUAUCUGUGUGUUUUGUAUAAGUUUCAAAGCCACACCUCUUCCUCAGGCCAAGUAAAUCCCCUCUGAAUAUUGAAAUGAUAUAAUUUUGUUAAUGAGCUUAAAACCUCACAUUAACUUAUUGCCCUGACAUUUACCAAAAGUUCAUUGACAAAAUUGUUUUGUUUCAAUAUUCAUGUGUAUAUAUCUCGGCCAUAAAGAGGAUUUGCUUAAGAAUUACUAGUUUGUUAGAGAGAGAUGGUCAUUGGCUGUGUGUUUUAUGCAAAUUCCAAGCCACACCUUUUCCUUGGGCCGAGAAAA